AUGGUUCAGCAGUGUGAACAGUGGACUGAAAACACAGCUCUGGGGGGUGCCAGUGCUCAGUGUGAUGGUGCUAAAAAUGUUUUGACCAAUCUUGACAGUCUAAGGUCUCUCUGUAAGGAAGUCAGGAUCCAGUUACGGAGGAUGGUCACUGAGCCAGGAGACACCACGCAACAUACCACCUAUGCAGGUUUCCCAAAUAGCUACUCCAAGCCAUAUGGCAGCACGUUAGAAACAAGUAAUGUUGACAUCAGUGCCGACAUCAACAAGAUUGUCACUGGGUUAUCCUCCCUGCUGCAGCCACCCAAAAACUCCAGGCUCAUCUCCCACAACAUGGGGGCCAUACUAAUAGGUCUGGGCGACUAUGAGACUGUGUGUGUCAGUGCAGCACAACAGUGUGACUUUGGCACACUGCCGAGUUGCAACGGACACUUUGAAUUCAGAGUCCGGGCGAAACUCGGAGGCGAGACGUCCAAAUGGUCGAAACGCGAGUUUUCCCCUGACGAAGACACUGUGAUUGGCCCUCCAACUGUGGCCUUGGUUUCCCAGAGAAACGCCAUAGAGGUGACGAUCACAGACCCAACUUUGAAGGUCUCAUCACUGAGACGCUGUUUCAGCAAAGUCACCUACGUUUUGAAGUACUGGAAAUCAGGCGAUCCAAAUCAGAUGUCGAAGUCAGUCACUGAGCAACAGAUCAGACUGAGGAACCUGGAAAAUGAAACCAAAUACUGUGUCGAGGUAUGGGUGCAUAUACCUGCCUACAAACGUGACAGCCAGCAUAGUGACAGUGUGUGUGAGACGACCUCCACCCAAGUUAAAGUGAAGGGUGAAAAGAAGGGGUCGUCGCAGACGCUGGUGGUGAGUUUGGUGGUCGUGGCCGUGGCUGUGCCCCUGCUGCUGCUGACGGCCUGGUUUGUCCACCAAGGAAAGCGUCUUUACAACCCAAAAGUCAGCCUUCCCCCACGUUUCAAACAGCACCUUCUUGAGGGUCCGGGUGUCUCGGUCAUCCUUGCCCUGUCGUCGCAGGAGCAGUACGAUAAAAUCAGCUCCUUCUACACAGCAUGUCCACACCAGGACAUCCUUCCACAAAACCAAGAGUGUCCUCAUUUUGAGAAUAUGGAGAGCAAAGAGGAGGUCCCCCAGUACCGCAAUAUUUGGGUCUCAAGUGAAGUGCCCUAUGAAAAUAUUUAGCUGGUUUCAGAAAACGCCUCAAAGAGGAUAUGGAACGACCUGAUGAGGUCCUAAUAAAGGACAUGUUAGUUUUCUGGACGGAAGUAGAUAAAGCCGUAUCUCCCAUGACAUUUUGAGAACACCAUCUGUUACUCUCAGCUUUCUAUCAAAUAGGUGCUUAUGUUAAUUUGAAAUAUUAGAUUGUUAAAAAAAAUUUUCACUGUACACUCGGGGACAUCAUUUGGUUUCGUUUCCAUUUCACUUUGCUGUGACAGAUGUGGGUACCAGAUGUAGGACAACACAUGGUACAUUUAUACAACUGUACAUUGGAACAUGACUGAAAGAUCAAUAUUUUCUCGGCAUAUGAAUCAAUGUUGAAUCAGAAUGUUGUUCUUUGUAAUCAACACUUUACAAUGAAACUUAUCAGGUCAUGAAGACAUUCUGAUGGCCCAGAAUCAGAAUGUGGCCGUAUCUUAAACCACUAUUUGUUUUUUCUAAGUUAUCUCCUGUUGUUGUUUUUUUAAUCUGUCUACAGUUCGGUUCUACAUAAAGCAGACUGUAACAACCUGAAUCUGAUAAGUGCU